GCUGUAGGCAGCGAGUGGCGCGCUGUCCCAGGUCGCAAACCAGUGCACCAGGCGGCGAGGAGCGCGGCGCAGGGAUGCUGCGAGCGGGAGCACCCACCGGAGACUUACCCCGGGCCAGAGAAGUCCACACCGGGACAACCAUCAUGGCCGUCGAGUUUGAUGGGGGCGUCGUGGUGGGAUCUGAUUCCCGGGUGUCUGCAGGAGAGGCGGUGGUGAACCGAGUGUUUGACAAGCUGUCCCCCCUGCACCAGCGCAUCUACUGUGCUCUCUCUGGCUCAGCUGCUGAUGCUCAGGCCAUAGCGGACAUGGCUGCCUACCAGCUGGAGCUCCAUGGAAUGGAAAUGGAGGAACUCCCACUCGUUCUGGCUGCUGCAAAUGUGGUGAGGAAUAUCACCUAUAAGUAUCGGGAGGACCUGUCUGCACAUCUCAUGGUAGCAGGCUGGGACCGACGCGAAGGAGGCCAGGUAUAUGGGACCAUGGGAGGGAUGCUGAUUCGACAGCCCUUUGCCAUCGGUGGCUCUGGCAGCACCUAUAUCUACGGUUACGUGGACGCGGCGUAUAAACGAGGCAUGUCCCCGGAGGAGUGCAGGCGCUUCACCACGAAUGCUAUUGCUCUGGCCAUGAACCGGGAUGGUUCCAGCGGGGGCGUCAUCUACCUGGUCACGAUCACAGCCGCUGGUGUGGACCAUCGAGUCAUCUUGGGCAACGAGCUGCCGAAAUUCUAUGACGAGUGAAUCUUUCUCAGACUUCCCUUCUUUAUUUUACAAUAAACUUUCUGGGACUGGAA